AUGGCGGCACUUGCCUCUCUACCCGCUCAGCCAGCGCAUAAUCGCUCUGAAUCCUUCAGCUAUGAGAAGGGAGGAGACAAGGAGAAGGUUGGGUCGGUGGAGAUUGCCCACUCCAUCCACGAGGAGGUGGGCGACGUCUACGACGAUAUUCGUGCUAUCGAUCUCGGAGAGGAUGGCAAGGAACGACCUAUAGAAACGGACGUUGAUGUUGCAACCCGUCUUAUAUCCUUGGAGGACGACCCGACGCUUCCAGCGUUCACCUUCAGGAUGUGGCUUCUAGGCAUCGGACUCUCUUGCUUUGGAGCCGUUCUCGGCCAGAUAUUCUACUUCCGGCCACAGACUGUAUACGUCAGCCAGCUGUUCCUUCAAAUUAUUGCAUAUUUGUUGGGGAUUCUGCUCGAAGAAGUAGUACCGGGGCCACGCAAUGCUCGCAUCACUACUACAGACAAUGCAUUCUGGAGAUUCAUGAACCCUGGGCCAUUUAACAUCAAGGAGCAUGUCGCAAUUACAAUCUUCUCGACUACGGCGGCUGAGUCGGCCCUCGCCAUCAGCAUCUUUGCUGCAGACGAACUCUACUACAAUAUCGAGCCUAAUGUCGGCGUUGGCAUUUUCACGCUCAUCGGCUCCCAAUUGAUGGGAUAUGGCCUCGGAGGUCUCAUGCGUGCUUUCCUCGUCUAUCCCACCUACAUCGUCUUUCCCAAUUUGCUUCCUACGGUCCAGCUAUUCGACGCGCUCCAUCGAGGCAAGAAAAUAUUCCUCCAGAAGAAACGUGUCAAGUUCUUCUGGUCGAUAUUCAUCGCCAUCUUCGUUUGGGAAUGGUUCCCCGAAUUCAUUGCUCCUGCUUGGGUUACUCGGAUUUUCGGCGGCGCUGCUGGAAAUGAAGGUCUUGGAAUGUUCGCAUUCUGCCUUGACUGGAAUUAUGUUGGUUCCGGUGGCGGGUCUAUGGGCGCUCUCUUCACCCCGCUUUCCACUCAGCUGUCUCUAUACUUCGGAACCGCCAUUUGCAUUAUCGCGUUUUGCGCGUGCUACGCCAACAACGUCUGGAGCGGUCAGAAUUUCCCAUUCUUAUCUCAGGCUCUCUUCUACGAGAAUGGGACACUCUACGAUCAACUUGCGAUACUUGACGAACACUUCCGCCUAGACCCCGCCAAACUCGCAGAACAGGGUCUACCAUGGUUCGCAAGCUCCCAGGUUCUUACCAAGAUUGGAUCCAACUUGGCCAUUGGAGCAACCAUCAUGCACGUCAUUCUGUGGUACGGAAAGGACAUAAUUGAGGUAAUCAGAAAAUAUCGGGCUGGUGAGAACUACGAUCCCCAUCUCGCCAAAAUGAAGGUGUAUCCCGAAGUUCCUAUGUGGUGGUACCUCGCCGUCCUCGUGGCCAGCUUCGCGAUGGCGAUGGCGACAAUCUAUACGGGCCAUUCUGGACUACCGUGGUGGGGUUUAAUUGUCGCACUCAUUAUUUCGGCCAUCUUCCUGCCUUUCGUGGUCACUGUAUAUGCCAUCACUGGAUUCGUUCCCAAUAUUCAGAACCUGGUUCAGAUCUUGGGAGCCUCCAUGCUUCCCGGAAGCUCCCAGACGAACAUGUAUUUCACGCUCUACGGAUUUAACACUCUUGACCAAGCUCGUGGACUCAUCCGCGAUUUGAAGAUGGGUCAAUACACGAAACUGCCCCCUCGCGUCACCUUCACCGUCCAGUGCCUGGGCGCUGUUAUCGGAGGCCUCUUGAAUUAUAUUAUUAUGAAGGUCAUUAUUAGCAGCCAUCGUGAAAUCCUUCUAGACGUUCAGGGCUCCAAUAUCUGGUCUGGUCAACAAGUUCAAUCAUUCAACAGUGACGCCGUUUCUUGGGGUGCCCUCGGAAACCUCCUAUACGCACCAGAUGGACGUUACGGCAUCGUUCCAUUUUCAAUCCUUAUCGGCCUUGCUGUCCCCGUGCCCUUCUGGAUUAUUCACCAAUUCUGGCCGAAGUCCGGAGCGAAGCAAGUCGUCACGCCCAUCCUCUGCUGGACGUUGGGCUAUCUCAGCGUUGGUAUCAACAGCUCGGUGUUUACGACGUUCUGCCUUGCGGUGUUUUCACAGUAUUACCUCCGUAAACACCGCCCAAGGUGGUUCAGGAAGUACAACUUCCUUCUGUCGGCGGCUCUAGAUGGGGGAACGCAAGUUAUGGUCUUCGUGUUUACCUUCGCUGUUGGAGGAGGGAGUGGGACGGUGGUCAAUAUGCCGAACUGGGCUUUGAAUCCUACAGGGAACCCGGAUUAUUGUAAGCGACUCACUUAG